AUGGUGCUGGCCACCAAUAUAGCCUCCUACCGUCUCGCCAUAUUCACUAUAGUCUCAUCAUCAGUGGCAGGCCCCCCAACAAUGAUUCCAGAGAAGAACACAAUCACUGAUGUUCCCGAGCCGCCGCACCCUCCGGACAGGAUCGGUGGACCCGAGACUCAGGGUAUGGUCGGCCGUACAUUCUCGUACAGUUACCCGUCGGGUCUGCAAUAUCGCAUCAGCUUUGACGAAAAACACGUGUACUUUUCAGUGCCUCGUCAACCCGACGGGACUCGCUACAUUGGGGUUCCAUAUCGACAGCGCGAGGUCCGCACCGGUUUGUAUCUUGUUCAUUGGAUGGUCCCUGGCCGUGCCGGUCACGUAGCACUAGUCUUCGAUAUCGAGCAGAAGAAGGUGGAUGCCGCAUCGUUGAUGCCUGGGCUUUUUGAGCUUUUUGACCGGGCAACCCUAGAUGAAAUGUAUGAGGGCAAUAAGAAUGCCCUGUGGCUGGAGGAUCCACGGUCUUAA